CAACAUUGACCGAUUCUACAGAGCUAUGUGUUUACGAACUGUUAUGUGGACUACAUUACCCAUUAACCCAGUGAAUUAGUUUCCGGUCUAGUGGUUUGGGAUUUUACAAAGCAGAAGUCACUCGAAAGGGAUUUUCUAGAUCCGUGGCAGCUGUUACCAUGGCAAUUCUAUUUGCCGUGGUGGCUCGUGGAACCACCAUCCUAGCCAAGCAUGCAUGGUGUGGUGGGAACUUCCUCGAAGUGACUGAACAGAUCUUAGCUAAAAUUCCAUCAGAGAAUAACAAAUUGACAUACAGCCAUGGCAGCUAUCUCUUUCAUUACAUCUGCCAUGACAGAAUCAUAUACCUGUGUAUCACCGAUGAUGACUUUGAAAGGUCACGUGCAUUCAGCUUCCUCAGUGAGAUCAAGAGGCGGUUCCAGACCACGUAUGGGUCACGAGCACAAACAGCCCUCCCGUACGCCAUGAACAGCGAGUUCUCAUCGACGCUGGCUGCUCAGAUGAAACAUCACUCGGACCCACGGGGAUCAGAUCGUCUUACUGAAACACAGAUGCAAGUGGAUGACCUGAAGGGCAUUAUGGUCCGCAACAUAGAUUUGGUUGCUCAAAGAGGUGAGAAACUGGAGUUGUUGAUUGACAAGACGGAAAAUCUGGUUGAUUCUUCUGUCACAUUUAAGACCACAAGUCGUAAUUUGGCCAGAGCCAUGUGUAUGAAAAACCUCAAGUUGACCUUUGUUGUUGUGCUGGUGUGCCUGGUGGUCAUUUACAUUAUUGUCUCUGCUUCUUGUGGAGGCCUCACCUGGCCCUCUUGUGUCAAAUGAGAAGACUAUAGACAUAAUUGGGCUGAUGUGGAAAAGGAGAGAAGCACCUGUUUAACCAUGGUUGCCAAUGGACAGUAAAAGGACACUAUCCUUGCUCUACUUCUUUAGCCUCAGUUUGCCUGGAUGACACUGCUCCCACUGCUGCUUCUUUGAUAUUGUACACUUGCCUUCAGUUGAGAAAGUCCCACCUCAUACCACCCGAAUGGACAGCAGCGAGGUGGUCAACAAGUGAUGUCUGUCCGUCUUAUUUGUAGCACUGUCACUGCAUUUAUGUAGUCCAGCCAUUCAAACUGAAAACAAAAUGCACCAAUGACUUAAUUUACAUGCUUGUUCAUUAAUCUGCACUGAAACUUGAUAUAUGGAACCUACAAGCUUCAGAGAAAUGAUGACGAUCUACCAGACACUGUCCUGGUCCCUUUACAGAAUACUAAUAUUGGACAAAAAUGUGAAAAAUAACAAACCAACUGUGGGGUCCAAGGAAUAUCCAACACAAGUGUUGAAAAUCUUUGUGUGUUUUCUUACCAAUCACAUAGUAUAUCAUGCAGUAAAUGCUGUAAAACAGAAAACUAUUAUACAAAAAAUAUAUUACACAUGACUGAUUAUGUAUGUAAUAUUAAAUAUCUGGCAUGUGAUUGACUGGAAUAAGUGCUUCAAAAUAA